CGGCUAUUUAUAUAAUACAGGUCCCAGAUUGUGAGAUGCACUGUAGUUAUUUCUAUCCGGUUUCUGCAUUCCACCAAUUUAAUCUCAAGUUUAAUAAUUGUUGAAACCGCUGACCAACCGAAAAUCGUAAGAUUCCAGGCUACAACAGUAGUAGUUGUCAGUUAAAGUAGCAGAAAAUGAUGACGGGUUAUCUGCUCUUGGUUCUGGGUAUGGUAGUUGGGAUGAACUGUGCUCCAGCCACGGCAAACAAAGCUGUCUCCUACCCUCCAACUUACAAGGGCCCAGUUAUUGGCAUCCUCACUCAGAAGACCAAUGGACAGUUCCAGAGGUACGGACACUCCUACCUUGCUGCUUCCUACGUCAAGUUUUUGGAGAUGGCAGGCGCACAAGUUAUUCCAGUCAUUGACUCCAUGUCUCCUGACCAAAUGAACCGAACUCUUCAUUCCAUAAAUGGAAUGUUAAUCCCUGGCGGCGCCCAGAUAUUCCCCAACUCCAAGUUCUAUGAAGCCUCCAAGUACAUUUACGACUGGACAGUGAAUUCCAACAAAAACGGAUCCUACUUUCCACUUUGGGGCACUUGCUUAGGUUUUGAGGCUAUACUGUACGCAGAAGCAAAUGCCAACGUUACAACAGACAUACGAUUUAGGUGCUCCGCUCACAUGCCAAACAAUCUCACCAUUCAGGAGGGAGCACAGGACUCAAGAAUGUUGUCUAAUCUAGACAGCAAACUUUACCAAGCUGUUCAAACCGAACAACUGGUCUACAAUGCACACUCCUUCUGUAUCGGUGCAGAACAGAUCGAGAGUCCCGAUGGUCCGCUCCACAACAAUUUCAACCUACUGGCGGUAAAUUGGGACGCUAAUGGGAAACAAUACAUAGCUCUGGUGGAACACAAAAAAAUACCGAUCUACGCUUCUCAGUUUCACCCAGAAAAGAACGCUUUCGAAUGGACGACGUAUAAAAGUAUUCCUCACACCAAAAAUGCGAUCCUUUUUAUGCAAUACCUGGCUAACUUCUUUGUUGGCGAGGCUCGUCAAAGCAAAAACCAGUUCUCCGAGUCGGUGGAGUUCUACAAGAGAAGCAUCAACAACUACAACCCCGUUUACACCGCGAUAGCGCUCAACUCUUCUUUAGAGUCGUGUUACUUCUUCCACGACAGGAGAGAUGACUUGCUCCUCAAUACGACCGAUUAAACAACUGUAUCGGCCAUAGAAAAACCCAAUACUUCUGCACCAGACUUUAUUGCAAAAUUCAAAAUUUUGAAAAGUUCCUGUUCGUUUGGUUUUGAUUAUU